ACAGAAUUGCCAAUUCACAAACACACAGAACAGAUUAAUUCUUAAAUUGCACUGCUUAAUCAAUUUCCAUCCUCAUUCCCAAUGGCGAAGAAGCAAGCGCCACCCGAGAGAACCAGAGCCAAUUCCAAAUCCCCAGCCAAGAAACUAGUUCAAACCAAACCCGGAAGAACCAGAAGCAGACUAAAGGUUGCCGAUGAGGCUAUCGCGGAAUCUCCAAACGGGAACGGCGAAGAGAAGAAGGGAUCACGGAGCAGGAUCGGAAAGGCGAGCGUGAAAAGGAGGAUUAAAGAGGACGACGACGACGAAGGCGACUGCGAGAAUGAGAAUGACAAUGUUCUGUAUAGGCUUCCAAUGAAUCGCGUUAGCCGGAUUAUCAGGACUGAGAAUCUCGAUAUCAGGAUUUCGCAGGAGGCUGUCUUCGUCAUCAACAGGGCUACGGAGAAGUUUCUUCAACUGCUCUGCAGUGAGGCCUAUGCUCGUUCACUUGUUGACAAAAAGAAAUUUGUGGCUUACAACCAUUUGGCUUCAACGAUUUCCAAGAGGGAAUGCUAUACAUUCCUCUCAGAUUUUAUUCCCCAAAAGGUGAAGGCUGAGGAUGCUUUAGCGCAAAUGCAGGAGGCAGAAGAACAAACUCCAUCAUCCGGGUGACUAACUUAUUCUAUAUUGGAUCAUUCUUGAAAUUUAAUUCUGCAAUUUUACUGUGUUUUGUAGUCUAUUGUAUCAUUGACCAGUAAAAGACACAUUGUAGUUACUAUUUUGAGCUUUAGCUCCUUAGGCAUGUGUGGUGCCGUUCGCGAACUAUGGCAUGGAAGAAUAGGUAACUCCCUCCAGGAAGUCGGAAAUAUAUAAGCUAACCCCCCUUUAAGAUUAUAUAAUUCAUAAUUUGUGUUGUA